GUUAUCAAGGUUAUAUCUUAAAGUUUUGUUUUAGAUAUUAGUUUGAUUAUUUAAUUGGGGAUAAUUGUUUGGAGAUUGGAAUUAAAACGUUGCAAAAUGAGUACCAAUGGGCGCUACAAGGGUCCAUUUUUUCGGUAUCUUUGUACUUGUUUAUUGCAUGUUGGUGACCGGUUUACCUCGCAGAAUUUCAAAGGAAGUUUCGUCCGUAGAAAUUGAUGAAAAAACCGCAGAGCAAGUAUUGGUAAAUUGUAGGAAAGAACUUGAAGAAAUUGCUAAAAGUACGAAAGAUUAUAAUCUAUACCCAGGCGACAAAAGAAAGUUGUCAAGAAAAAGGCUCGUGCAUAAUGCCAUUAAUAAUUUGCCUGCACAUGAUAAACAGUCUCUCUUGCUGUCAUUGAAAUCCAAAAGAUUUCCGUCUGGCCUUUCUUGUAGAGCCGUAUGUCAAGGACUUUCAUAUAAACUAUAUAUUCAUAAUACUGUUCACUCAAGAAAAACUUUCAAAAGUCAUUUCCAUCUAAGGAGGAGGAUACGACCACACGAGUCACUAGACUAUGCACAAAAAGAGGCAUCUUGGGUGGAACAUCGUUCCCCUGGUACCGAAAAUGAAGUUAGCUUUAAAGUGGAAAACACUGCAAUUCGACAUGAUUUGAAAUCCAAACAAAAACCCCCUGAUCAUGUGUUACUGAUAGGGAUUGCUGUUUCGACUGCAGUGGCAACACUCUGCCUUUUUGUGCUGUUAUUGUUUUGCUGUCUUGGAGGCAAUGAGCCAAAAGAAUAUUCAGAGAAAGAUGAGAAACCCAUUGUUGACGCACGUCCGGAUCGCAGUUCUGGUAUUUCUUAUAUGCCCAAGCCUGGUAAAGGUAAUCAAAAUGAAAUCAACUCUUCCAACACAAAUAUUUCAUGUAUCAAUGAUGCUCAUCAAACACCAGAAGAUAGAAGUUUACCACUCCCGCCAGGAAGAACAGCUCCAUCACUAAAACCACAGCCACCACCACCACCACCACCUAGGCUACCCACCCCAAAAGCACCACCACCACCACCCCCUAUUGGUAGUCGCCCACCUAAUCCACCAAAACCAGGAAAUAUGAAAAGACCACCUGCCCCUCAUGGCCGUUCAACUUCUGGAGAUGAAAAUGAUCCAUCUAACAAUCAAAAAACCAAGCUAAAACCGCUUUUCUGGGACAAGAUGAAUGCUAGUCCUGAUCAGACGAUGGUUUGGCAUGAAAUUAAGACCGGAUCAUUCCAAUUAGACGAAGAGAUGAUGGAAACUCUCUUUGGUUAUGCUUCCGCCCAAAACAAAGCCGAACGUGGGAGACAUUCAUCAAAUUUGAAUUCUCAACCAAAGCUGAUUCAUAUUAUUGAUCCCAAGAAAGCACAUAAUUAUGCCAUUACUCUAAAAGCAUUGCACGUAAGGACAGAGAAAGUGUGUAAUGCGCUCAUGGAAGGUACCCAGCUUCCUGUAGAGCUCAUUCAGAUUUUGAUAAAAAUGCCACCAACACAAGAAGAAGAACUGAAACUUCGAUUAUAUAAUGGGGACCCUGCGCUUCUUGGCCCUGCCGAACGUUUUCUGAAACCCGUGAUUGAAAUCCCAUCUGUGCUUAAACGUUUAGAAGCUUUGCUAUUUAUGAGUUCUCUUCAUGAGGAUUCUUCUCCGCUUAAAGAUGCAUUCGUGACUUUAGAGGUAGCUUGCACAAAACUGAAGAACAGUAGACUUUUCCUCAAACUUCUUGAAGCAGUCUUGAAGACAGGUAACCGUAUGAACGUUGGUACGUAUCGUGGAGGGGCCCAGGCAAUCAAGCUUGAUUCUCUUUUAAAACUCUCUGAUGUUAAAGGCACAGAUGGGAAAACCACACUGUUAACCUUUGUGGUUCAAGAAAUGAUUUGGUCAGAAGGCAUUAAAGCAGCCAAAAGUAAACAGCCUAGUGGGAGUUUAUCUACCAACGAUACCAAAGAUCUUCCAGAAGAAAUGAUUGAAGGAUCUUCUGGAUAUUACCGAAAACUGGGCCUCGAGGUUGUCACUGAAUUAAGCAAUGAGCUUCAUGAUGUCAAAAAAGCAGCAAUUAUCGACGGUGAUCACAUUACAUCCACAGUUUUGAAAUUAGGAAACAUGUUGAAGAAAACAGAAGAUUUGAUUAACAAUGAACUAAGUACCACUGAAGAAGCGAAGGAGUUCUGUGAUAGGUUCAAUGGCUUUAUGAAGCAUGCAGAAACUGAGAUCACAUGGAUGCUCGAAGAGGAGAAGAGGAUAAUGGCUCUCGUCAAGAGCACAGGGGACUAUUUCCAUGGGAACUCAGCAAAAGAUGAAGGGUUACGAUUGUUUGUUAUAGUUCGUGAUUUCUUGAAACUGCUGGAUAACGUAUGUGUCGAAAUUAGAAAAAUGAAUGAGGCUAACAACAAAAAGAAACAGGAUGGUAAAAAAGAGCCUUCAAUCAAUGAAAAUCGUCAGCAAGCAUGGCUAAACAUUCGGGAUAAACUGUUUCCAACUUUAAGAGACAAUAAGAUGGACUAUUCAAGUUCAGAUGAUGAAGAUACGUCUCCUUAAUUUUUUGUUUACACUUUAGACAGGUAAUUACUCAUCUAUCAGGUUGCGAAAGUUGGGUGUCAGCCAAUGGCUCAAGAUGUGUGAUUAAUAAGUACUGAUCAAAAUGGGGCGUGGCCAGGUUGGGCAACUCUCAAACACCCAGUUUAAUUUCAAAAUGUGAUUAGGUAUGACAACAAAAAUAAUCUACCUAUUUUCUGGUAAGGUGAUAUGGGAAUAAAACCCAUUAUGUAAAGUAAAUAGAUCAUAGAAACCACCUCUAAUCAAACAACCAUCGAUCUUGCAUAAUUUAGAAAAUCCCUGUAGUCAUUAAGUGUUGAUGAUUGUUGUGACAAUGUGUUCAAUAAUAUAAACCAAGAAACAUCAGAUACACUCACUUUUAAGUAAUCGAGUCAAGAGUUACACCUUUGACUUCUUUAAAACCUGAAAGACCUUCGAAACUUUAAUCCGUACAUGUUGAAUUGUGUUCUCAGAACAACCAGCCCCAAUGUGCAUGAGAGGACAAUUUGAAUGGCUAUCCUUACGACAACUUGGUGCAUUUGCUCAUGUUGACUUUGAAGUAUGAAAACUGCAUGAUUUAUGCUUUAGUAAUAAAGUUUUCAGUUGCUACUAAAGGGUUCAUGUUAUUCUUCAGAAACGUGUCGAAACAGUGGCAACUUGUGCGCUUGAGUCAGUACCGUAGGUACAGUGUGACAACACUGACAAUUAUGUAACUUAGCUCUAAACUUUGUUGAAUAACUAAUGAAAUAGUCUAAAUUCGUUUACUCAUUGAA